CUCUCCCUGUCCCUCUGAAGAAAAAAGAGGCCAACCCAUGAGAAGGCUGAGGGGGAGAAUUAAUGGAACCCCAAAACAAGUGAUAGAGAGAGAAAGAAGAACUGAGUGCGAGCUGCAGAAGAAGAAAAAAGGGGAAAAAAAAAAUAAAAAAGAUAAAAUAAAGAGAGAUAAUCUAUCACGACGGUCUAGAGAGAGAGAGAAAGGGGAAGGAAGCUGGAAGGUGUGGGAGAUGGGACAGAUCGAGAAGCGGAAGAAGAAAGGGCGGCCAUCCAAGGCGGAUCUAGCCCGCCGCUCUGCUGCUGCUGCUGCUCAUCCUUCCUCCGGCGCCACCGAUUCCGAGCGGCGGCGGAGCCUCCGCCGCCGGAAUGUGAGGUACAACAACUUCAUCGACUUCGACGACUACCUGGACGAGUACGACGACUACGAGGAGCAGCAGGCGGAGGAUGAGGAAGAAGAGGAGGUCCCCGAGCCCGAGGAGGAGGAGGACGAAGACGAAGAAGAAGAAGAAGACGAGCGGAGGAAAGAGAAGAAGCUCGAGCUGGUGCUCAAGCUGCACAACGACCAAAGUCAAAGCCAGAACGGCAACCGCCGCCGCGGCAGGCCGGCGCGUGCAUCUCACGCGCGCGCUUCGCCGGCGUCUUCCUCGGAUGAGGAUGGCGAGGGGGACGGGGAGAGGAAGCCGUCGAAGAAGAGGCGAAUCAACGGCCGCGGCGGCGGCGGAGAGAGUGAAGCUGAGGAGGUAGACAGGAGUGAUGGGAAUGAUCAGGGAAACGACGACGAGGAAGAAGACGAUAACGACGGCCAUGAGGAAAGGGAAACGGAUGAUAAAGGUUUGCCGGACUCGGUGCCAGGAACACCCUCUGAUCGCCUGGAUUCUUAUCCCUUGCCUGAUAAGAAAGUGCUGGAUUUGGUUCUGCACAAGCUUCAAAAGAAGGACACAUAUGGCGUGUACUCUGAACCUGUGGAUCUCGAGGAGCUUCCGGAUUAUCUUGAUGUGGUUGAUCACCCAAUGGACUUUGCCACAGUACGGAAGAAGCUGGGAAAUGGCUCGUACUCCACGUUGGAACAAUUUGAGAGUGAUGUACUUCUAAUUUGCUCUAAUGCAAUGAAAUAUAAUUCAUCAGACACCGUAUACCACAAACAGGCACGGGCCAUCCAAGAAUUGGCACACAAAAAGUUUGAGAAGUUAAGGGUUGGCAUUGAACGCUCUGAGAAGGAGCGGAAGUCUGAACAGAAAACGAAGUCCAACUUCUCGGGCAAGAAGCAAAUGAAGAAGCCUCUCAGUAGGGCGAUACAGGAACCUGUUGGGUCUGAUUUCUCUUCAGGUGCCGCUCUUGCUAAUGCUGGUGAGGUGCAGAAUGGUCCUAAUGGUGUUUUGGCUGGUGCCUGUGAGAGGCCUUGUAAUGUGGAUGCUCUUGUAGAAGGCAGCUUGUCUCUGGUGGAUAAUAAUCUGGAAAAACUUGAAGAACUAUCAUCAGGGAAGGGUCCUUGGCCCAAGAUUGGAAAGAGACUGUCUGUCUUUGAUGACAACCGUCGUGCAACUUAUAACAUAUGCAGUCAACCUGUUGAGAGACCAGACACGAUAUUCACAACAUUCGAGGAUGAACUCAGGCAGCUGGUUGCUGUUGGGCUUCACGCAGAAUAUUCCUAUGCAAGGAGCAUGGCUCGCUUUGCUGCAACCCUCGGACCAUUAGCUUGGAAAGUGGCAGCUCACAGGAUUGAGCAGGCUUUACCACCUGGGUGCAAGUUUGGUAGAGGAUGGGUGGGAGAAUAUGAGCCAGUCACAACCCCAGUGCUAAUGAUUGAAACACGUUCUCCUAGAGACAAUGAAGUGUUGUUGCCCAAGGUUAAAGCUGUUGUGGAUGGACUAAACGGUCCUGAUGCAACUGCAGUUCCAGCCGCUCAACCUCCACCAGCUAGAGGGACUACAUCACAAGUAAAGCACACAGUGUUCCGUCCAACCUGCAGUGUGGCUGAAGUUAAAAACUCAUUGUUUUCCUCUGCCGCAACCAAGCCAUUUGCCCCAGUCAAUGUCACUCAUCCACGACAAACUAUUUCUCCCUGGAACCAUGCCGAGACUCAGAAUAGGGCUCCCAAGCAGGUUGAGCUGAACUUGCCUCCUUCAAACUACCAAAAUGAUGGUGAAGUUGGUGAAAAGCAACUUCCGAAGAGUUCUGGAAUGGCGCCUUCAAAGGUGUGGGAAGCACCGUCAAGAACAGAAAGUCCAAAGCCAAGGGAAGUGCCACCAAGAACAGAUAGUCCAAAGCCGAGGGAGGUGCCACGAAGAACAGAGAGUCCAAAGCCGACGGAAGUGCCACGAAGAACAGAAAGUCCAAAGUCAAAGGAAGUGCCGCCAAGAACAGAUAGUCCAAAGCCAAGGGAAGUGUCGAGGACAGAGGCUGGUAUGCCACAGUCCCUACCUUGUAAGCCGCUGGACAGUUACGAGCAUGUUCCCCCAGGGUUUCCAAAUGGGAGAAACACUAGCAGUAGUUUAGUAAACAAUGGUAGAUCAGCGACUGCAUCAUCUGAUGGUUUUGGCCAAAUGGGUUACAUCGGAAGGAAUCAGAUGGGCCAUGGAGGACUACACUAUCCUCCAAGGGCACCAGGAGUGGUUCUCACAGACCCAGUGGAGGCAAUGAGAAUAUCAGCAGCUGAAAGGGCUCAAAAGCAUCAACAGCCUAGUUCAGGUGGUCAGUCCUCAGUUGGUGAGGCUCCACCGGCUUCAAGGAGCGACAACAGCAAUGCGGCUGCAACUGCUGCCAGAGCAUGGAUGUCGAUAGGCGCUGCCGGGGGAGGCUUCAAGCCCCCAGCAGCAGACCAUUCUUCUAGCAACACAAACGGUCAGAUUUCUGCAGAAUCACUGUACAACCCAACAUGGCAACUCCCCCCACGAAUGUUCCAAGGGCAGCUUCCUUUCCCAGCAGCAGGGGUGCAGCAGCAGUUCCAGCAGGCUGAGAAGAACUUCCCGUUUCAAGCUUUCAUGAGACCGCCUCCUUUCCCUGGAGGAGGUGAAGGACAGGUGCAAGGCGGGAGACCAAUGAUGUUUUCUCCCCAGUUAGUAGCUGCUGAUCUAUCUCGAUUGCAAAUGAUGUCCUCCCCAUGGCGAGGACAAACUGGGCUACCGUCUGAGUCCCAGCCUACUACUAGGCAAAAGCAGGAGACACACACGCUGUCACCGGACUUGAACAUCGGUUUCCAGUCGCCAGGAUCACCGGCGAAACAGUCUUCAGGUGUCAUGGUUGAUUCACAGCAGCCUGACCUGGCAUUACAGCUCUGAAACAAAACAAGAAAAGGAUAGCGUUCAAACCGAACCAGUGACACAAUCCACCCUGGUGGGAGAUUGGGCUGCAUCUGCAAGCUGUUCCCCCUCACACCUUUGUUCAAGAAGAUCCAUUCCACGGUGUUCAUUAGCUAAAGUUUGGCUGCCAGGAGAUUAAUAUGAAAUCUUCCAAUUCAUGAUGGUGAUGAUGAUGCAGAAGGUCACAUGUACAAAAAGGUAAAAGGGUUUUGCAGUUGGGACAGGAGAGGAAGAAUGGGGGAGAAGUGAAGUGAUGUUGAGAAAGCACUUGAUUGUGUUUAAAGAACUACCUGUUUCUUUCCCCCCUCAGCUUUUCUCUGGAGAAAAGUACAUAAUGUUAGAAGUUUGAUCUAAAAGAGAGUUUGGAAGCCUAGACCGAAUUUGAAUUCUGAGUUAGGAAUUGGGUUUCCAUGUAUUGAUUAUUGAGGAAGAAUAGUUAGAGGGAGCAGUAGCAGCAGCUUAGGAAUUUGGCUUGUACAUUUGGCACAGGUUGAUGGAUUUGUCUAGAUGCUUAGUUUACUGAUUUGGCUUCAAAUUUCUUUCUUUCGUUGUGAAUUCGAUUUGAAUGCAUUCAUAAAUUGCAACUAACCAUUUCCCCGUUCAUGUCACAUACCUAUGGUUCGUUCUCGUUUACACACCUUGAGAAGCGAAUCAGACUGUUCAUUACGUACAAUGUUUUGCGCUUUUCUGAACUAGAUAUGUUUUACAUAAUUAUACGUACUUGUUCUGUUGUUGAGUCC